AUGGCCAGUCGAACCCUCAGACGCCUUGCCUCCACCACUACGUCGACGUUCACGGCAGCGGUAGCAUCUUCCAAGACGCACUUCCAUAAACCGAUCCCGGCAUAUUUGCUCCCACAGGGCUACACGGUCUCAGCGACCCAUGGAGGAGUCAAGAAACAAGCUGGCGAACUCGAUGUUGGUGUGCUGCUCAGCACGUCUACACGACCAACAAGUGCAGCGGCCGUUUUCACUGCGAACACAUUCCGUGCUGCGCCCGUUCUGGUCAGCGAUGAAGUGUUGGGGCAUACUGCUGGCCGAGCGCGCGCUCUGGUGAUGAACGCGGGCAACGCGAACGCUGCAACGGGUGCUCAAGGAAUGAAGGAUGCAUGGGCGAUGUCCAACGCGGCGCAUAAACUACUCCCCUCCCCAGCACCCAAAUCAGAAGCACUGGUCAUGUCUACGGGCGUGAUUGGCAAGAAGCUGCCGAUUUCCAGCAUCCUUGCUGGUAUCAGCGCAUCGCCAUCAACGGCCGGAAGCAGCCCCGAACACUGGCACGCUCUUGCACGCGCAUUCAUGACGACGGACACCUUUCCCAAAAUACGUGCUACAACGUUCAAUGUAGACGGGCACACCUUCCGUCUGGCGGGCAUCUCCAAAGGCGCUGGCAUGAUCAGCCCCAAACUUGUUUCCUCGGGGCCGCCACACGCCACGCUACUGUGCAUGCUUGCGACCGACGCCCCCGUUUCGCCCGCAGGUUUGCAAGCGGCCCUUGCACGCGCGAGUGAUCGUUCAUUUCACUGCAUCUCCGUCGACGGAGACAUGAGUACGAACGACACCGUCGCGGUCUUCGCAAACGGAGCUGCCGCACCUGAUGACAUGCCUGAGAUCACGCCUGAAAGUGGUGCACCAUUCGGGGUGUUCAGCGCUGCGCUCACCGGCGUGAUGCAGGAGCUCGCACAGCUCAUUGCGCGGGAUGGCGAAGGUGCAACCAAGUUCAUCACGCUUUCCGUCGAGGGUGGCGCGACGUACGCCGACGCGCAAGCGGUUGCAUCAAGCGUAGCCCGGAGUCCACUCGUUAAAACUGCGCUUUACAGCGAAGAUGCCAACUGGGGUCGUGUACUGGCUGCCGUCGGUGCCAUCCCUCUCAGCAAAAAGCUUGAUCCCGCGCGCGUGUCCAUCACCUUCGUGCCAGCGAAUGGAUCGGCACCUAUGCCGGUAUCAACAAAUGGGGAACCGGUAGACUUCGACGAGGCCCGCGCGAAGGAGAUCUUGAGUGAGGACGAAUUCGAGAUCAAGAUUGGACUCAGUGCAGGCAGCGAGAACGCUAAGUUCUGGACAUGCGACUACAGUUAUGAGUAUGUCCGAAUCAACGGAGCCUACCGUAGCUAA